GUGGCUUGCAGGGCGCUGAGUACAUAAAGCGAUGAUCGCUGCCGCUCGCCACUUACUGGGAGCCGCUUCUGUCUGCCAGAUCCGCCGCGCAGCGAUCAACAUGUCUUCGACUCCUAAUGUACUGAUGAGGCUGGUGGCCACCGCUUACUCAGUGGCCGAGAAAUCUGGAGUGAUUGUCAGGAAUAUUAUGAGUGGUGGAGAUCUGGGUAUCGUGGAAAAGACCGGGGCAAAUGACUUACAGACUGCAGCUGACCGGCUCGUGCAACAAAGUAUAUGCUCGUCCCUGGCAAAAAAGUUUCCCCAAAUAACAUUAAUUGGAGAAGAGGACCUUCCGUAUGAAGAAGUAGAAGACGGACUCAUUGAAUUGGGGCAAUCCGAGGACGUUCUAAAAUAUCCCUGUCCGCCUCAAUAUACUAACAUCAAAGAGGAAGAGCUGGUGGUAUGGGUAGACCCCCUGGAUGGAACUAAAGAAUAUACAGAAGGGCUCCUGGAUCAUGUAACAGUCCUGAUCGGGAUUGCAUAUGAAGGAAAGGCCAUCGCUGGGGUGAUAAACCAACCUUAUUAUAACUACCAGAUGUCAGGAGGCCGUCGCCUGGCGGGCAACGAUGCCGUGCUGGGAAGAACGAUUUGGGGCGUCCUGGGCGUCGGAGCGUUUGGGUUUGAGCUGAAGGAAGUGCCCGAUGGGACACACAUUAUAACCACCACUCGCUCUCACAGCAGCAAACAGGUGAACGACUGCAUCGCCGCCAUUAACCCGGAUAAAGUCAUCCGCGUCGGAGGAGCCGGAAACAAGAUCAUCCAGCUCAUCGAAGGCCAGGCGUCCGCGUACGUCUUUGCCAGUCCUGGUUGCAAGAAAUGGGACACGUGUGCGCCAGAGGCGAUUCUGCAUGCGGUGGGAGGCAAACUCACCGAUAUCCAUGGAAACCCAUUUGAGUACCAGAAGGAUGUGAAACACAUGAAUUCAGCCGGAGUCCUUGCAGCCCUCAGGAAUUUCAACUACUACGCGUCCCGUGUGCCAGACUCCGUGAAGCAGGCUCUGGUACCUUAAUGGAGACCCACCCCCCGCCAUUUUAUUUUUUUUAUUUCUAGUAUCAGAUUAAAAAAAGUUUUCAAAAAUAUUUGCUGU